GGUGUUUAUUGCCAACAGUAACUAAAGGUCAUACAUAUUCUAAAGUUUAACGCAGAUUUUUUUCUAAUUUUCCUAACGGUUGUAUUUCUGGUGCAUAUUGGAUCUGGUAAUCCUGUGAACUUUCAAGUGGAUAGAGCACUUUUAUAGCAGAAUGAAAGAAUAGAUUAAUUUGGAUUAGUUCGACUGUAACUCUGGUAUGAUGGACAUAAGACCAGGUAGCAGUUCCAAUCACACAGAAUCUACACAAUCAGAAUCCAAAUUCUAUGUUUCUAGUACAACUAAGACAGACAGACCAGCACAAAGAAAAGAUGGUGGUCAAACUCGGGGAUUAAAUGGAAAGGUUUCCUCCAGCAAACGCAGUAGCUGGACAAAUAGUCCAAAACCACAAGAGUUGGAAAAACAAAUCAGAAAGGGUCAUAGUGCUGUGCCUCCAAAACCUCCACAUCUUCAAACUCCAUCAGACAUAGGGCACAGAACAACACAAACUAAAGGUUUGGCAAACGACAGACAAAGGAUGGAAGAAUCUUCACCUGCCAGCAUUCCAAGAGGGCAUAACAAGGUGUCAGAGCUCAUCAACAAGUUUGAAAUAAGUCACUCAAGCCCUAGUGAAUGGAAAAAAGAUGCUUCAGCCAAUGUGAAUUCUGCAAAACCGUCUUUAAAACCAGGGAUAGGUGUUCUUCAGUCACGACUACUUUCUGAGCAUCCUCUCCUUCAAAAGCAGAGAAAGCAUAGCACAGAAGAAACUGUAGAUGGACCAAAACACACUACUAAUGGAGUAGAAGCAGAAUCCCUAAUGGAGAGCAGAGAUGCUAGCUUACAUGAAGACAGCACUGAUGCCUGUUCUUGUCAAAAGGCAUUGACAACUGAUGUUUUAUUUAAUGGUGAGAGUGAGAGGACUAGGCCAGUUUCAGUCUCAGAACCCCCCCUGCACUCUAAAAGCCCCACUGAAAAGAACAUCUGUCAUACACCAGAGGAGGAAAGCAUUAGAACUUCUGAAACAAAGUUAAGUGAUGACGUGGUAACCUCUUCACAUAAGCAUCAAGAUGAAGAGACUACUCAAAAAGAGCCUGUAGAAAAUGAACUUAUAGAAGUUAAGGAAACAAAUGAAGAGAAGCUUUACAAGAUAGCAAAUGAACUUUUGCAAACUGAAAAAGCAUAUGUUGACCGACUCAACCUGUUGGAGCAUGUAUUUUAUAAUAGAUUAUUGGAAGAAUCCAAUAAAGGAUCAUUUCCAGGGGAUGUAUUGAAUAAAAUCUUCUCCAACAUUUCAUCUAUAAACUCUUUUCAUAGUCAGUUUCUAUUACCAGCACUGGAGAAGCGUAUGCAAGAAUGGGACACAACACCAAGGAUAGGGGACAUUCUACAGAAAUUAGCACCUUUCCUAAAGAUGUAUGCAGAGUAUGUGAAAAAUUUUGACAAUGCCAUGGAGCAAGUGAAGAUCUGGUCAGAACGGUCACCGCAAUUCUUGCUUAUCAUACAAGAUAUUCAGAAACAAGAAAUCUGUGGGAGUUUGACUCUUCAGCAUCACAUGCUAGGACCUGUACAGCGAAUUCCACGUUAUGAACUACUACUAAAGGAUUAUCUAAAAAAACUGCCUCAGGACUCAUCAGACCGCCAAGAUGCUGAAAAAUCCCUUGAACUCAUUUCAACUGCAGCUACUCAUUCUAAUUUGGCAAUACGAAAAGCAGAGAACAUGAAGAAACUGUUAGAAAUCCAUGAAAUGCUGGGUGAAGAAGAAGAUAUUGUAAACCCUUCAAAUGAAUUGAUAAAAGAAGGACAAAUUCUCAAACUAGCAGCUCGCAAUACCUCUUCCCAGGAACGCUACUUGUUUUUGUUCAACAGUAUGCUGCUGUAUUGUGUUCCAAAAUUCAGUUUAGUGGGAACCAAAUACACUGUGCGAACAAAAAUUGGCAUCAGUGGCAUGAAGGUGGUAGAAACACACAACGGCGACUAUCCUUUCACUUUCCAAGUGUCUGGUAAAGAAAGAACUCUAGAGCUGCAGGCCAGCUCUGAACAAGACAAAGAAAGCUGGAUAAAGGCUUUCCGUGAAACAAUAGAUGUUUUUGAUCAGAAGAAUGAAUCAUUCAAAAUGGGAAAGGACUUGGAGGAGCUACCUGCUGAGGUUUCGAAAGAUGAGCUUGGAAAACGGGCCCCAAAGUGGAUUCGUGAUAAUGAAGUUACCAUGUGUAUGAUAUGCAAAGAAAUGUUCAAUGCACUGACAAGGAGGCGGCAUCACUGUCGAGCAUGUGGGCAUGUAGUUUGUUGGAAGUGCUCUGAUUACAAAGCUCAGCUGAAGUAUGAUGCCAACAGAAUAAAUAAAGUCUGCAGAGACUGUUACUCAGUUUUAACAGGGCGCUCAGACAGUGAAGAGAAGAAGAAGAAAGGAAUUCUUGAGAUUGAAUCAGCAGAGGUGUCUGAAAAUAGCAUUGUAUGUGGAUUCCUUCAUUAUUUAGAAAAGUCGACCAAGCACUGGCAGAAAGCCUGGUGUGUCGUCCCUAAAAAUGAAUCACUGGUGUUGUAUAUGUAUGGAGCUCCACAGGAUGUAAAGGCUCAGACUACAAUUCCUUUGCUUGGAUACCAAGUAGAUGAUGCAUCAAAAAGUGUUGAAUUGCCUCAUGGCUUUAAGUUGACUCAGUCAAAGUCUGUACACAGCUUUGCAGCAGACAGUGAGGAUAUGAAGGUGAAAUGGCUCAAGGUUAUCAAGCUGGCUGUGAAGGGAGACAACAUAGAACCUGAAGAGAGUGACCUACAAAACCAAGAACUGACAGCUGAACAUAGUGGGCAGUCUGAGCCUCUAAAAACUGCAGAGAGCUAAAACUUUAGAAACCCUGUGUAAUACAGUGUGAUGCUGCCAAAUUCAACAUUAAUAUUUUCAACCAACACCUCAAAAUAUGUCAUCUCCAGACUGUAUCUUUUCUUCUGGAUAAAUGUUGCAAUUACAGAUUUAAAGAUCCAGCAUACAGUGGCAUUGGAGUCUAAAUAUUGUUUUAUCUGGUUUCUGAUGUAAUCAAUGUCAUUUCUGCACAUUUUACUACCAUGAUACUGCAUCUGAAUUUUGACACUGGUGAUCCUGUUUUCUUCAAAUUUAUAUUAAAAACUGUACAUUACUUAUCAGGAACAUCAUCCCCCAUUUGAUUGUUGUUUUGCAUCUUUCAUGACUGGUAUACUUGUGUGCAUCUUCAAGUUUCUUCUGGUGGACUGAGGUGAUGGUGAUACUUGGAUGGUUCCUGUAUCUACAGGUUUUUGGAGGCCUAAAAGUACGCAAAGAGAGAAAGUACAUGUGACAUGAGAUAAUUUCAUAUGAUCAGCAGCAGACUGCCUGUUUUUUCAUCCAUUCUCACUUAUGACUUUUAGCACUAAUUUGGAAUACCAAAAUGUCGCACCUGCUAUGACAGCCAUAUUCCAAAUCACCAGCCCCCCCCCAAAAAAAAAAAAAAAACUGUGCAAGACAUAUGUCAAUAUUUUCACUCAUUGCUGUCACAAUUCUGCUAAGAGUUAGGAAUUCAUAAAGUGUUCAAACUGAAAAUCAGUUUAAAAAAAUUAGUAAUGCUGGCCAACAGUACUCAAAUGUUGUAAUUUGUGAAUAUCCACAGUUGAUAAAUCCCAUUUCUUUUUGUAGUCUACUCUGUAAUUUAUCAAAAAUGCAUUCACUCUGCUUGAGUUUGUGUGCUUAAUGACUGAAGGCUGAAUAGUACCUGUUAAAUUCAUAUGUUGCUUGGUGGAAUUGUCUUAAACCUGGGAAUGUUCAUAUUCCAGUGGAAUGUUUAGUUAAAAAAAAUAAUUCAGUAUUUGAGUUUGAUAUUCAAACACUAGGCUUUCUUUUAAUACAUUUUAUAAGGAUUAUAUGAAUGAGCCUAAAAUAUUGUUCCUAGAAUAUUGUUUUUAGAGGAAUACAUAUGUACAAAUUUGCUUAUUUGUGUUAUAAAUAUAUAUUUCCAUAUAAUUAUGUAGAUACAAUUGUAUACAUUUGCGUGUGUGUGUGU